AUGAAAAUCUAUAGCUUCUUGAAUGGUCUAGCCAUCUUGAGCCUUUUUGUAUCCUCUUCAGUUGCAACAAGUGAUGGAGAAGAAUAUGAAGAGUGGAGUCUAUGGAAGAAUGAGAAUGGCAAAGUUUAUCUUCAAAGUGAAGAGGAGCUAGAGCGAUUGUCCAUUUGGAAGUCAAACAAGCUUUACAUAGAAGAGCACAACCGGUAUUCAGAGUUGUUUGGAUUCACACUCAAAAUGAAUCAAUUCUCUGAUAUGACUUCCUAUGAGUUCCUUAAAAUUACAACCAGUAGUGGAGCUAGCAUUGGAGGGCCUGAACAUGAUGAUGAUGAUAAAGGGAAGGAUGAUGAUAAAGGGAAGGAUGAUGAUGAUAAAGGAAAAGAUGAUGAUAAAGGAAAAGAUGAUGAUAAAGGAAAAGAUGAUGACAAUAAGGAUGAUGACAGUCACGAUCAUGACAGUGAUAGCAAGGAGGCUGAUUCUCCUCAUGUUUGGAGCACUAUUGGAGGCUAUUUCUCUUUGCCUCAGCAUUUCAAUAUAACCAAACUACCAGAAACUGUUGAUUGGAGAGACGAAGGUGUUGUAACACCAGUUAAAGACCAGGGUUUCUGCAACAGUGCUUAUGCCUUUACAGUCACUGGAGCAAUUGAAGGAGCAUAUGCAGUAUCCACUGGAGUACUUGAACCACUUAGUGAUCAAAACAUUGUUGACUGCUCAGUGGUGUAUGGUAAUAAAGGUUGUAAGGGAGGGGACAGAGAAGCAGCACUGAUGUAUAUACUAGACAAUGAUGGGAUAGAUAAGGAAAAAGCCUAUCCAUACAUAGCAUCACAAGACACUUGCAGAUUUAGAGUUGAUGAAAUCGGAGCUGUUGUUAGAGGCAUGGUCAAGAUCAAAAAAGGAAAUGUUAGCAACUUGCAAGCAGCAGUGGCUCUUGUUGGUCCAGUAACUACCUCCAUUGAUCACCAGCACAAUGCAUUUAGGUUUUAUAGCAGUGGGAUAUUUACUACAAGGAAGUGCUCAAACAAGAAAAUGACACAUGAAAUGCUGAUUGUUGGAUAUGGCAAAGAAAAUGGAAAGAGUUACUGGCUCCUGAAAAACAGCUGGGGGCCAAACUGGGGGAUCAGUGGUUAUAUGAAGAUGGCAAAGAGGAAUAGGAAUCAUUGCGGCAUUGCUACAAGAGCAAUAUUUCCAAAACUUUAGAGCCUACAAGAUGAUAACAGUCUAACACCUAGUAGUACCAAUAGUAGUAUCAAUUGUGCCUAUCACAAUUGCAUGUAUAGAACACGUGUACAUGUAACACAUGUAUUUAGUCAUGUAUUCAAUAAUUUAAAUAGGGCAUUGUUAUUUGAAAAGUCUUUAAA